UUCAUUAUUCUUGCUUUAUGCCUCUCUCUCAUACGCUUUGGUGGGGAAUUUUGUGGGCAAGAAUAUUCUCAGAAUAAUUAAAGUUAUAUCUUGGGGUUAGGUUUCCUUGAAGUGAUCAGGUUCCUCUAUUUCACGUAUUUGCGAUUCAUAGCACAAUUUAAACAAGAUGGCUGAAAUGAAGUACAUUCUCAAUGAUCUAGACUACUACUCGGAGGUCUACCAAACGUACAUCCGUUGUUCAGGCAGGCAUGGAUCCAUCCAGGAAUGGGUAGAUACAGCAUUCAAGGAAGAGGUCGUGGAGAAACUGUCCAAGAGAUGCCAGUCUGCAGAUCCUCUCAAAGUUUUAGGUAUCGGCAGCGGAGCUGGAAACAUUGACUGUGCUAUGCUGGAACAGCUCCUUCCGACAUUCCCUCAGAUCACCAACACCAUUUUGGACCCCUCCGAGGCUCAGAACGACCGCUUUAAGAAACUGGUCAAUGAGAAAGAAGAUACUUUGAAGGGAGCGUCCUUUGAGUGGAAAACUGAAACCUCAGAUCAGUACUUGGACAAGAUCUUCAGCUGUGAGGGCGGUGCUCAGCCACCAAAAUUCCACUUGAUACACGCAGUACAUGUCCUUUAUUAUGCCGCAGACUUGAAACAGACCCUGAAGAGACUACAUGAUAUGCUUGAAGAUGGAGGUCUCCUCUUUAUUAUCAUCGUGUCUAGGGAGUGCACUAUCAUCAAAGUCCAUGAAAAUAUGAACGAGAUCGUGACUGACUUGAGGCCCGUCCUGCUGACCGAUGAGAUGAUAGGAGCUACCCUAGACUCCCAGAACAUGCCUUACUCCGGAGAACAGGUCACUCGCUACAUCAAAGGAACAUCCGUCUUUAAGGAGGGCUCUCAGGACGGUGACCACCUCCUCGACUUCUUGACCCACUCUAAAGAUUUCCGCAAGACGGCGCCAGACAAUCUCAGGGAGAGUGUCCUCAAGUACUUGAGAGAUCCUGAAUGCUCUAUGGAGAAAGAUGGUGAGAUCCUGUUCUUCAGAUAUUGGGUGCCCAUGUCUGUCCCUAAGUGAUUGUUCUCUACUGUGGUCCCAACCAUUCUUUUUGGUUAACUGUAUUAUCAUUUUCAAUCUCAAUCAAGAUGAUGUUUGAUUUGUCAUGAGUAAUGCUUACGUAAUGCUUAAAAUACAAUUUCGUUUUGUCCUAAUUCUGAUCACAAUUGGAUUGUAAAUUGUGCAGAAGGUUUUAUGUACAUGUAUUUUUGUAUCAUCUGUCAUCCUGGCCGUCCAUGAUAACAAAUAAUAUAGUCAAAGUCUUAAAAUCAACUGUUAACCCAUAAGACAGCUUUAUAAUCCUGGUCCUAAAUUAAACACCACUAUGUAAUCAUGUACAUGUGUAUAAUAUAGCUUUGAGCUAUAGGUACAACCAUGAAAUGCUCACUUCACCCGAUGAGAAUAAAUCGAAAGCUUUUGUCAAGUUUAA